AUGGCUCACACAGAGGUGCCUUCUGCAUUAAGAGUCAGCUCGGACAGUCACUUAAGUGCACACGAAUACAACGAGACAGAAGGUCUCACCGAAAGUCUACUCGACAACGCCGAAAAGCAAGCUCGACAGAACGAUGCACAAACCCCUCUACGGCAACAGCUUGAAAGAAAGCUAGCAUUCAUACUUCGCCCUAUAAACAGAUGGUGUCGAAGAGCAGGGACUGUUCUGCCGCUGCUCAAGAGUUCGACAAGACCAAGUACUGGCAGUGAAGACAUCAUCACUGCUGCCGGGAAACCCAAGUCUACUGAAAGAGCCGCCACUGCGUAUCUUGAUGGUCUCAGAGGAGUUGCAGCUUUGUGUGUGGUGUUCACCCACGUAGAGGAAUGGGCGCAGAAUGACUACAAUGGGAAUCUUGACAGGCUCCGAAAGCCUUGGGGCUGGAAAGAGCAGCAUCUCUUGGCCUGCUGGCCUAUGCUUCGUUUCAUUUUCACUGGAGGAGGAUUUGCGGUGGCCUUGUUUUUUAUCAUGUCUGGUUACGUCCUGUCAAACAAGCCAUACAAGCUCAUCAUGGCCAGGGACAGAUGCGCACAGCAAUCACUCUCCAAUAUCAUCUCAUCUGCAGUAUUCCGCCGCUGGUUCCGGUUAUUCAUUCCGAUCUUCGCGGUUAACUUCCUCUGGGUUUCGAUCUGGUAUCUACUGGGCAUCCAUAAUACCGCCCGACCGGAGACUGAUCAUCUUCCACUUAAAGAGACAUGGUCGGCUGAACUGAUCAGACUCAGAAACGUCAUGAUCGAAUUGUCGAGCUUCUUUGGUCCGCAAGAUAGGGAAAGAUUCAGGAUCUAUAAUCCUCCUACCUGGACGAUUCCAGACGAGUUCCGCGGAAGCAUGGUGGUAUACGUGACGAUUACCUCCUUGGCACAAUUCACGUCACGAUCUCGUCUUUUCUGCGAGGUCAUUCUCUGCACCUACCUCUGGUAUCUCAAGCUGACUCCAUUGGUCUUGUUUGUUAUUGGCAUGAUAAUGUGCCACAUAGACGCACUCCUACGCACAUCGAACUUCCCGACCCUCCCUUCCAUCCGUUUCCCAGGCAAGAAGUGGUUAUGGAUGCUUUGGUAUCUGCCUCUACUCUUGGGGAUCUACCUCGGCGGCGGUUCGGAAGGCGACCAAGACCUUGCGACAUGGAGACGAUAUCAUGCUGUUGGGGCGACCCUAACCAUGAUCGCGGUACCAAAUCUUCCCUGGUGUAAGUCGCUCUUGGAGUCAAGAUUUUGCCUCUUCCUCGGGCGAAUCUCCUAUUCACUAUAUCUGACGCAUCUUCCUGUACUCUGGGUCAUUGGAGGCCGUAUAUAUGCAGCCUUCGGACGAUUUCGUGGCAAGCCUGAGCUCUACGGAGCAUGGGCAAACCUGGUGCCGCUUCCUGCCUAUGGGCCUGUCGGGAUGGAGAUCAAUGUUGUGGUGCCAACGAUAUUCUUCGUUGUGCUGGCAUUUGGUGUUGCUGAGCUCGCAACACGAUUCAUUGACGAUCCGAGUGUCAAGUUCGCACAAUGGCUGUAUCGGAAAGGGACUACCACAUUGAAGGAGGAACCCAGCCUUCUCCCGGUACAAGUCGAUCUUAAUGCCUACCCUGGGACUUCUCGAGUAGCUAAUUCGGCGUGA